AUGGGCAUCCUGGGCACUCGCUCCCGGCCGUGGACGUACCACGUCCUGCAUCGCAAAUGGCCCAGAAUCCCGCGGCUGGCCAUCCGCUGGCUGAUGCUGGUCGAGUUCAUCGGCCUCGUGCCCAUCCUCACCAUCUUCGGCCUCUCCCAGCCGGACCUCUAUCGAACCGCCAUGUGGAAAAUUGGCUGGGACCACCGCCUCAACUCCAACCCCGAUGUCAUCCUCUUUGCCUAUGCCAACCAUGUGCCGCAGCCAAAACUGCCUCUCAUCUGGUCAAGAACAUUCACCGAUUACAAUGUCGCCAUCUCCGUCAUAUCGCUCUUCUUCCUCCUCACCAAGCUCAUCGCCGUCAUCAUGCGGAUUUGGUAUCCCGUUCUGUCCACCCUCGCCAGCAUCGCCCUGGUUGCGCUGUAUGCCGUGAGCGUCUACGGCCAGGUCGGCCCCGACCACAGCGACCCGAGGUAUCCGGCACCAGCGGCGUGGUACUUUCGAUACGGCUGCGACAUGGCCAAGCCGUAUGGGCAGUUUACCAAUUGCAAGAUUGCGCAGGCCUCGCUCUUCAUCACGUUGUACAUGCUUACCGCUUACCUGUUCAUGCUCGGCUUUUCUCUUUAUGCCAUGUGGCCCAAUCCGCUCAACAACUUGGACACCGACGAGGACGAGGACGACGAGGCGUCGAGUGUCAAGGACGGCAAGAGCGUGGAGAUGAGCGGCCUCAAGACGACCUGGGCAUCGGGGACCAUGCCCUACACGCCCCGAACACAGGCCUUUCACACGCUCGACCGGAAGCUUCCGCUAAGACAGCACGAGACGAUGCUCUACUCCUGA